CCCCGCUAGCUGGUGACAGGUCAGGUUAAGCUCCGGGUAUAUAAAGGAUACAGAUUCAUCCCUGAGCUCAGAUCUGCUUCAUCUCACUCAAACGAAGCUCAUCUCCUUCCAAGAUGCCUGGCCAUAUAAAGAAAACAACUGGACCAGAUCCAGAUCCAAGCCCUUGGCUAAUUGUAUCUCCUGAACUGAAGGAGAAGAACAAGGCCAAGCCUUAUGAUCCUAAGAAGUCUGUAUGGGUUCCUAACAAGGCUGAUGGAGGAUUUGUGGAAGGGUUGAUUGAGUCCAAGGAUGGAGCAAAGAUAUCCGUUAAUGUCAAGGGAGAAGUUAAGGUCUUCAAGGAAGAUCAAGUUUGCCAGGUUAACCCUCCUAAGUUUGACUGUUCUGAUGAUAUGGCCAACCUGACCUAUCUUGGAGAUGCCUGUGUUCUGUGGAACUCUGUCAUCAGGUAUGUCAAUGAGUUGAUCUACACCUACUCUGGACUCUUCUGUAUUGCCAUUAACCCCUACAAGAGGUUUCCUAUAUACACUUAUCGCACCAUGGAGUUGUACACUGGUAAAAGGCGCAAUGAAUGUCCUCCUCACAUCUUUGCAAUUGCUGAGGGAGCUUACCAGGGCAUGAUGAACUCUGGUUGCAAUCAGUCUAUUCUUAUUACUGGAGAGUCUGGUGCUGGCAAGACUGAGAACACUAAGAAAGUCAUUGCUUACUUUGCGACUAUCUGUUCCUCUGGUAAGAAAAAGGAAGGAGAAGCUUCACUUGAGGACAAAAUUGUCCAAACCAAUCCUGUUCUUGAAGCAUGGGGAAACGCCAAGACUGUAAGAAAUGACAACUCCUCUAGGUUUGGUAAAUUCAUUCGAAUCCAUUUCAAUGCUUCUGGAAAGCUGUCUGGAGCUGACAUGGUUGUUUAUCUUCUGGAGAAGUCCAGACUGACUUAUCAGCAGCCACUGGAAAGAUGCUAUCAUGCAUUCUACAAUAUAAUGUCUGAUGCUGUACCAGACCUUAAAGAGAAAUGUUUAUUGUCCGACAACAUCUUGGACUAUUGGUAUGUUUCUCAAGGAAAGAUCAGUGUACCCUCCAUUGAUGACAAAGAGGACAUGAUGUUUGCAGAUGAAGCCUUUGAUGUGCUUGGCUUUACUGAGGAUGAAAAGUAUGAUGUUUAUAAGAAUACAGCUUGCAUGAUGCAUAUGGGUAACAUGACCAAGGACUUUGUUCCAGUUGGUAAAGAAGAGCAAGCUGAAAUUAAGGAUGAUACUAAUGCUAUCAAAGUUGCUGCAUUGGCAGGUAUUGAUGCAGAGUGGAUGAUCAAUUACUUCUGUAAACCAAAACUGAAGGUUGGAACUGAAUGGGUUAACAAGGGAUCUACCUGCUCUGCUGCAGCUAACUCUGUGGCUGGUAUUGCUCGAGCUAUUUAUGAAAGGAGUUUCAGGAUUGUUGUUGAGAAAUGUAAUGAAACUCUUAUUGACCCAACCAUGAAAAAAGUCCAAUACAUUGGUGUCCUAGAUAUUGCUGGCUUUGAGAUCUUUGAUUACAAUGGAUUUGAACAAAUCUGUAUUAAUUAUGUCAAUGAAAAACUUCAGCAGUUCUUUAACCAGCACAUGUUUACCCUUGAGCAGGAGGAGUAUGUAAGGGAAGGUUUAGACUGGGCCAAUGUUGACUUUGGGAUGGAUCUUCAAAAGUGCAUUGAUAUGUUUGAAAAGCCUAUGGGGCUCUUAGCUAUAUUUGAAGAAGAGUCUCUAUUUCCUAAAGCAACUGAUCAAUCCUUCUGCGAGAAACUUCAUUCUAAUCUACUAGGAAAGUGGGAAAACUUUGCUAAACCAAAUCCAAGGCCUGACCCUGAUGCUCAUUUUGCAGUAAUCCAUUAUGCAGCUGUUGUAUCCUAUAAUCUAACUGGCUGGCUUGAGAAAAACAAGGAUCCACUUAAUGACACUAUAGUGGAGAUGAUCAAGAAUGGUUCUAACUCCCUAAUGAUUCAGUGUUUUGCAGAUCAUCCAGGACAGCCCUUGGAAACACCAAAGGAUGAUGGUGGUAGGAAGAAAAAAGGUGGUGGCAAAACUGUAUCUUCUUAUUUCAAGGGACAACUUGAUGAUUUGAUGACAACACUUUACAAGACUGAGCCCCACUUUAUUCGUUGUGUUGUACCAAAUACACAUAAACAGCCUGGUGGGGUUGAGCCAGGGCUUGUGAUGCAUCAGUACCAGUGCAAUGGUGUUCUUGCUGGAAUUGCUAUCUGCAGGAAAGGAUUUCCCAACAAGAUGAUAUAUGCAGAGUUUAAAGCUAGAUAUAAUAUUCUUGCUGCAAAAGCUGUUGCAAAAUGUAAAAAUGAUAAAUCAGCUGCAGGAGCUGUCUUGGAUGCUAUCAAGCUUGAGAAGGAAAAAUAUCGCUUGGGCCACACAAAGGUCUUCUUCAGGGCAGGUAUUUUGGGUUUCAUGGAAGAAGUUCGAGAAGAUAAAAUUGGAGAAGUUCUAUCAUGGCUUCAGGCUGGAGCAAGAGGAAAAGCAUCUCGCAUGCAAUUUAAGAAACUUCAAGAUCAAAAGCUUGCACUCUACUGUUGUCAAAGAACCAUAAGAAAUUACUACAUUGGCAAGACCUGGCUGUGGUGGCAAAUUUGGAUGCUUGUCAAACCACAUCUGAAGUGCAUGCAAUUUGGAAAGUAUAAGGCUGAAUAUGAAAAGAAAAUUGCAGUUGCUGAAGCAAACAUUGAUAAAGCAAUUGCUGAAUGUGACGCUGUUAUAAAGAUUCAUGACAGACUUGAGAAUGAGAAACAAGAACUCCAUCUUGCCCUUACCUCUGGUGGAUCAGCUGUACAGGACAUAAUUGACAAAACUAACCGUCUUGAAGGAAUGAAGAAUGAUCUUCAGAAACAAGUAGAUGAAACCAAAAAAAGAAUUGCGGCUGAAGAAGAUGUCAUUGCUGGAAUACAGCAAGCUGGCAACAAGGUUACAGCUGAUGCUCAUAGACUUAGAGAGGAGAUAAAAAAUCUUGAGAAUGCUGCUGAGAAAUGUGAAGAAGACAGAAUCACAAAGGACAACCAAAUCAAAACUUUGAAAGAGGAGAUCUCUCAUCAAGAAGAGUUAAUUGCCAAGAUGCAAAGAGAAAAGAAAUCUGUAGGAGAUGGAAGGCAAAAGGUGGAGGAAGAUAUUCAAUCUAUGGAAGAUCGUUGCAACCACUUGGCCAAAGUCAAAGGAAAGCUGGAGCAAUCUCUUGAUGAAUGUGAAGAUGCUCUUGAGAGAGAGAAGAAAUGCAGGGGGGAUGUAGAGAAGAUGAAGAGAAAGAUUGAGGGAGACUUGAAACUAACCCAAGAAGCAGUUUCUGACUUGGAACGUGUCAAGGCUGAGCUUUCACAAACUAUACAGCGCAAGGAAAAAGAGCUCUCCUCUCUCUCUGCCAAAAUAGAAGAUGAACAAACUCUUGGUGGUAAAUACUCCAAGCAAAUUAAGGAACUUCAGUCAAGAAUUGAAGAACUGGAUGAAGAAUUAGCAAUUGAGCGCCAAAACAGGGCUAAGGCAGAGAAAAAUCGCUCAAUUCUUUCAAGAGACAUUGAAGACAUUGGAAGAAGACUUGAGGAGGCUGGUUGCAAUACCAGCACUCAGAUUGAAUUAAACAAAAAGAGAGAAAGCGAGCUUGUCAAGCUAAAGUCCGACCUUGAAGAGGCAAACAUUGCUCAUGAGGGAACAUUGGCAGCAAUAAGAGCAAAGCAUAACAAUACAAUGUCAGAUAUGGGAGAACAAAUUGACUCUCUAAACAAAAUGAAAGCUAAGUCAGACAAAGAUAAAGCUGGGAUGGAAAGAGAUCUUCAAGAAGCUAGAGCUGGACUUGAUGAGUCUAUGAGGGAUCGUGCUAACAUUGAGAAGAAUUGCAAAAUGACUCAAGCCUUGAUUGUGGAAAGCAAUACUAAACUUGAUGAACUGGCACGUGCUCUUAAUGAAGCAGACUCAUCCAAUAAAAAGUUGUCUGUUGAACAUCAAGAUCUUAUUAGACAAAUAGAAGAAACAGAGAAUGCUAUUGCAACUUUAGGAAAAAAUAAGGUAUCGUUGACCACUCAGCUUGAGGAUACCAAGCGUCUGGCUGAUGCUGAAGGUAGGGAUCGGGCAUCUUUGCUCACCAAAUUCAAAGGACUCAGCACUGAGGUGGAAAACCUUAGAAUGCGAAUUGAAGAAGAAGCUGAAAGGAAAAAUGAUGUUUUGAGAGCACUCUCUAAGGCUCAAGCAGAAAUUCAAUUGUGGAGGUCUAAAUUUGAAACUGAAGCACUUGGCAGAAUUGAUGAGCUCGAAAGCAGCAAAGCUAAGCUUAAUGUCAGAGUGCAAGAAGCUGAAGAAACCAUUGACUCACUGAAUACAAAAGUUUCUGCCACAGAAAAAACCAAACAUAGGAUAGAAGCAGAGCUAGAAGAAAUGCAGAUGGAGUAUGAACGUACUCAUGCUGCUGCUGUUAUAACAGAGAAAAGAGGACGCAAUUUUGACAAAGUUGUUGGAGAAUGGAAAGCAAAAGCAGAUGAUUUGUUGGCUGAACUUGAAGCCUCCCGAACAGAAUGCAGAAAUUACAAUUCUGAAGUGUUCCGUCUGAAGGCUGCAUAUGAGGAAACUGUUGAACAACUUGAUGUUGUAAGAAGAGAGAACAAAAACUUGGCAGAUGAAAUCAAAGAUCUCCUUGAUCAACUUGGUGAUGGGGGUCGCUCCAUUCAUGACUUGGAUAAACAGCGUAGAAGACUAGAGGUUGAAAAGGAAGAGUUGCAGGCUGCUCUCGAAGAGGCUGAGAGCGCUUUGGAACAAGAAGAAAAUAAGGUUCUCAGGGCUCAGCUUGAACUUGGACAGGUCAAACAAGAGAUUGAUAGAAGAAUUCAAGAGAAGGAAGAAGAAUUUGACAAUACCAGGAAAAAUCAUGCUCGUGCUAUGGACUCCAUGCAAGCUUCACUUGAAUCUGAACAGCGAGCAAAAGCAGAGGCUCUCAGGAUAAAGAAAAAGAUAGAAGGCGACAUUAAUGAGCUGGAGAUUGCCCUUGAUCAUGCAAAUAAAGCUAAUAAUGAAGCGCAAAAAUCCAUUAAGCGUUAUCAGGGACAACUAAGGGAGUCAGAAUGUGCAUAUGAAGAGGAGUCUCGCAUGAGAGCUGAGAUGACAGAAAAGGCUUGUCUGGCAGACAGAAGAGCCAAUGCCUUACAUGGAGAGAUGGAAGAGGCUAGAUCUCUUCUUGACUCAGCUGAGAGAGGAAAAAAGCAAACAGAAGCUGAACUUGCUGAUGCAAGAAAUGCUGUUAAUGAAAUGAACACCAUUAACUCUAAAGCUGCAAGUGAAAAGCGUCGUGUAGAAGGCAUAGUGCAUACAAUGCAUGCUGAGAUUGAUGAUAUGCUCCAACAAGCAAAGAACAGUGAAGAGAAAUCCAAGAAGGCUAUGAUUGAUGCUGCUCGUUUAGCUGAUGAACUUCGCGCAGAACAGGACCAUGUCAACACUCAAUCCAAAGCCAAGAGAGCCUUUGAGACACAACUUGUUGAGCUGGAAAACAAACUGGAUGAAGCCAAUGAGAAUGCAAUGCGAGGAGGUAGAGCUGCCAUGGCUAAACUUGAGACUCGUAUUCGAGAGCUGGAAAUUGAGCUUGGAAGUGUUCAAUCAAGAACCUCAGAUAAUGCUAAAGGACACCAAAAGUGUGAGCGACGUGUAAAGGAGCUCUCAUUCCAAAUUGAUGAGGACAAAAAGAAUCAAGAGCGCAUGUCUGAGCUUGCCACCAAGCUGCAGCAGAAAAUAAAAACUUACAAGAAACAGAUUGAAGAGGCAGAGGAGAUUGCAGCUCUUAAUCUUGCUAAGUUCAGAAAGGCCCAGCAAGAACUAGAGGAGAGUGAGGAGAGAACUAGAAUGGCUGAGGGACAGCUCUCCUCCAUUAGACAAACUAGAGCAGGAUCUUACUUUUAAGAUUUGCCCAAGAUCAGACAAGAGAUGAAGACCAGGACUGAACCGGAAACCAGAUACUGCCAAACACUGUUCUGUACUCCUUUCCUUCUAUUUAACCUCCUUCAAAUCUAACAAAGCAUAAGAAAAACCAAAAAAAAAUAGCACCAGACUACUUUGACAGCCAGAUAUUCUUUAAAACAACAGCAACAUCAAGUGUAGAUAGACUAAACAGUAAAUAAAUAUAUAUAUUCAACAUUUUA